UGUGUUAGUUGACGAUGACGUUUCCCUGAGAAAAAAAUGUGCCUUGCUUCAGCUAACGGGAUGAAUUAACUAGUGUGCUACCGAAGAGAUUCAUUGAAAACUGCAGCAAACACGUAAGGGAAAUAAUUGAGUGACAGAGGCAGGAUGUUGGAGUCCUAUGUCACGCCCCUGUUGAUGACCUACGUGAACAAAUACAUCAAGAACCUGAAGCCCUCUGACCUGCAGCUGUCGCUAUGGGGAGGAGACGUAGUACUGAGCAAGCUGGAGCUGAAGCUGGAUGUCCUGGAGCAGGAGCUGAAACUGCCCUUUACCUUCCUGAGCGGUCACAUCCAUGAGUUGCGUAUCCACGUCCCCUGGACCAAACUGGGCUCCGAGGCCGUGGUCAUCACCAUUAACACCAUGGAGUGUAUCCUCAAACUGAAGGACGGAGCACAGGUUGGUACCACUGGGUUUGAUAUAUAUACAGGAGCCCACUGAUGAUCAGUGCACUGCAGACAAGUGCAGUACUCCAAUUUAGUGCAUACUAUCAUGGCAUUCCGAAGCUGGUGUGUAUUCCUGAGACCUACAGUCUUGCUGUAUCACUGAAAGAAGUUCAAGCCUUCCUUCGAUAUCUUAAGGGGAGAGGUUUUUACAUGACCCAAGUUAGAAUCCCUGUCAUAUAACGUUCCACAGGAAUAGACUUGGUUUAAAUCGUAUCGUUGGUUUCUUCCCGAUCCAAAUUCCUUUCUAGACUCCUCUACCCAGAACCCCCUCUGUCUCCUCAGCACAUUCUAGACUCCUCUACCCAGAACCCCCUCUGUCUCCUCAGCACAUUCUAGACUCUGUGUGAAGGUGUCAACUAACUCUCAGGCUGUUUUUAGGUUUUUAGAGCAGGGCUGAGUGAUGUCAACUAACUCCCUGGCUGUUUUUAGAGCAGGGCUGAGUGACGUCAACUAACUCCCUGGCUGUUUUUUAGAGCAGGGCUGAGAGAUAUCAACUAACUCCCAGCAGGGCUGAGGGAUGUCUACUAACUCCCUGGCUGUUUUUAGAGCAGGGCUGAGUGAUGUCAACUAACUCCCAGGCUGUUUUUUAGAGCAGGGCUGAGUGAUGUCAACUAACUCCCUGGUUGUUUUUAGAGCAGGGCUGAGUGAUGUCAACUAACUCCGUGGCUGUUUUUAGAGCAGGGCUGAGUGAUGUCAACUAACUCCGUGGCUGUUUUUAGAGCAGGGCUGAGUGAUGUCAACUAACUCCCUGGCUGUUUUUAGAGCAGGGCUGAGAGAUAUCAACUAACUCCCAGCAGGGCUGAGUGAUAUCAACUAACUCCCAGCAGGGCCGAGUGAUGUCAACUAACUCCCAGGCUGUUUUUAGAGCAGGGCUGAGUGACGUCAUGGUCUCUGUACAGUUGGUUUGUUAUAUUCUCGUCAGGUUUUCUAGAAGCUGUUGGGGGAAUGAAAGAGGGGUUGGCCGCUGCUUUAAAGGUGCUCUUCAAUGACGAGCACAUUGGGGACCUCAAGGAUGACAGUGUCCUCCCAUGUUAUUCACCCUGCCAGAAGGAAACAGCCUGCAAAUGCUCUUUUUAAUGUCUCUGUAAAUGUGGCUGGGCUUAUUUCUUAGCAUCAGGCAGAGAGAUCAGUAGUUUUAAGUAGUAAACGGCUGUUUAAAAAUAAAUAAAAGUGUCUGUCUUUUGUGAGUUUGGUUGUACAACUUCAAGCCAACACAAUUGCUCACACUGCUCAGCAAAUGUACUUUUCAGAACGAGGACUGAUCGCCAGUGACCAGAAAUAUUCAGAGAGCGUCUCGGAUUAUAGUGUUGCUGGUUAGGCCUAAUUCCACCACUAGUAUUUUUACUAUUGAACCGUAAAAUGUCUUUGGCAAGUGACUAAAACUAGAGUUCAAAGCUGUGUAUUGUUAGUCAGUAGUGACAUUUUACUGGGCUCACUUGUUACAUGAACUGUACCUUCCAAAUGGCACCCUGUUCCCUACAUAGUGCUGUACUUUUAAUCAGAGCCUUGGGCUAAAGUAGUGCACUACAUAGGGGAAGAGGGUUCCAUUUGGUCCUGGUCUAAAGUAGUGCACUACAUAGGGGAAGAGGGUUCCA